AAAAUCCUUUCAUUAUUUUUAUUCAGUUCAUGUUCAAAAUUCUCAGUUUUUUAUUUGUAUUCCAGCAAUCACCAUGAGCAGGCCCAGGCCGACCGUGCUGGAGCGCCUACGGCAGCUGAACAACGCCGAGCUCUUCCUGUUGUGUCAGGACUAUAGGAUAAUGGUUGGUCGCAUCACAUUCACCAAUCGGCGGCAUGUGGAGCGUCUGUUGACGGUAGCCGUGAUUGGGGAUAGGGCUAGGGCACGAGUACACGACCAGCUCGCCAGAGAACGCGGCGAGGGGUACUCGCGGAACCAGGAUGCCAGGGAGGUGCCGACGCGCCAUUCGACAGCUCCGCGUAAGCGACGACGUACUUACCAGCGAGAGAGCGGGAGGAAUGCCUCCACCAUGACGACUCCCUCGGUUCAUCUACUGAGCAGUGAACGCCGCACCUACUGGCCCUCUGUCCUGCCGCCAACCAUGCGACGCGCACGCGACCCGCCACUGUGGCGUCAGAGGGUUACGCAGCAGCAGCAGCAGCAAGGAUCCUCAAUUAUUGAGCGAGCUUUGGACUCUGUCCGACGGGCAAACUUCUUUGGCUUUCGGGUGCCAUUUUCGCUGUGGCGCUACGCCAGCAGGGGACUUGGAUACAGGGGACGUCGGACUCCGGCACGUUUUCGGGGCGGACAGGGAGAGGAAAUGAUCGAUCUGGGUGAAGAGCAGGUGGAGGAGGAGGUUCAUUAUGAAUGGGGAGAAGAGAAUCGGUACUCGGAAGGGUCUCAAGAACUGUUCGAAGAGCGGUACGUAGAGAGGCAGGAAGAUCGGCAUGAAGAUCAGUUUGAAACUGAGGAUCAGUUGCAGUAUGAGAACGAGGGGCACUAUCGCGAGUAUGAGAAUGAGAAUGAAGACCUAAAUGACAUGCCAUACUCAGGAGAGCCCUCAGACUACGGCGCCACCCGCUUUUGCAGCCGCGAGGAUCAUGAAGAAAUCUCCCUAGGCGAUCAGUCGGAGGCGCAGCGACAGCUGGAAUGGCAGCUGAAUUCCACUUACGGCGAAGGUCGCACCCAAGAUCCCUUCAACUCCCCACAUCCCUACGAUUUCCAAGAGCUGGCUCAACUGAAUCUCCUGGAUCGUCUGGAUCGCAUCGAUCAAUUGCCUGAACCUAAUGAUACUCCACUUGCACUCCGAGAAAGCCCACAAAUCGACACCGAAAACGAAAGCGAUUCUUCGGUAUAUUUCUCCUUCAGCAACUCGUCGACUUCCUUUCACGAUACCAAUGAGCCGCCGGUGCACCUGGUCCGAGCUCAGGCAGUGAAAAAACGCUUCGACUGGUUCGGUUGGAUGAAGAUCGCACCACGGGCCAAAAGCCAGAGCGAGCGUAUUGCCAAGCGGGAUCAGACACGGGAACAGAACCUCGAGCACGAGCGUGAGCUCUGCACCAUCGACUAUCUGUCUGAGAUCGAUUCGAGGGCGUUGCAGGAUAGGCCCCUGCUGGAGCUAAUGAGUCGCCACGAGCUGCGGCACAGCAGCGAAGAGGAUGAUUCCUCCAUUGGCAGUUGUGGCGAUCUGCAGCCCGGCUUGCUACGUCGCACCUUUGAGCUGCUGUUUUGCGAUCGACGAGGGGCUGUGGACAUCAAGAAGCUGCGCUGCAGCCUCUUUUGCUGCUGCAUAUCGAUUGUUGCCUAUGUCAGCUUUAAAAUGAUGCACUAGACGGCUGCUUUCAGCGCUCUUUGUGGGGUUCCUUGGCCCUUUAUUGGGCUUAUAAAUUGCAGUUUUUGAGGUGUCUCUUUAAUGCUCUUUCCCUGCCUUCAAUCAAUUAAACUGAUUAAUCAUUCGCUUGAAA